AUGCACCUUCUCCGUCGACCCGCCAGAAUGCACAUAGCGUCGGUGGGCCUCAGUAAGGUUGGCUUCCUGUUUUCCCUUCUGUUCUGCGGGCUCCUCUUGCUGCUCAUACCAGCCUUCCAACCGACGGCCCGCCAGGUGGACUUGCCCCAGCCCCGACCUCAAGUCAGGACCUCAGCGUCCAAUUCACAGCAGAUAUCCGGGCCUCCCACUGUGUCAGAUUCUGCUGGUGACCCUGAUACGGGGUUGAAUAUAAGCUCAGGAGGCACGAAUGACACCUUAGAGACUGAACUUUUUGAGAACGAUGACUACAGGGGGACUUCCUCUGAUACAGAUUCCAACGCUGAAGUACAAGAACUUGCUGGACCUGGUGCACGCGACCUUUUGGAAUUAAAGGAUAUUUUUAUCGCCGUUAAAACCACGAGGAAGUACCACAAAUCCCGACUGGAGCUGCUUAUUCAAACCUGGAUAUCACGGGCUAAAGAACAAACUUACUUAUUCUCAGAUGGAGACGAUAAAGAGUUGCAGAGGAGAACAGGUGCAAAUAUUAUUAACACCAACUGCUCUGCAGCUCACACUCGACAGGCUCUCUGCUGCAAGAUGUCUGUUGAAUAUGAUAAAUUCAUUGAGUCUCAGAAAAAGUGGUUCUGCCAUGUGGAUGAUGAUAACUACGUGAUCCUACCAAGCUUGUUGCAACUGCUCUCUUCCUACCACCACAGCCAAGAUGUUUACCUUGGUCGGCCCAGUCUCGACCACCCUAUCGAAGCUGCCGAGAGGGUCAAAAGCAAUGGAUUGGUCUCAGUCAAGUUUUGGUUUGCAACUGGUGGCGCAGGUUUUUGUAUCAGCCGAGGUCUGGCAUUGAAAAUGAGUCCAUGGGCCAGUUUGGGGAAUUUCAUCAGCACUGCAGAGAAGAUACGGCUCCCAGAUGAUUGUACUAUUGGCUACAUUAUUGAGGCUCUGUUGGAAGUCUCAUUAAUACACACGCACCUCUUCCACUCCCACUUGGAGAAUCUCCAAAAGUUGCCCACAGACAGUGUUUUGGAGCAGGUUACACUUAGCUAUGGUGGCUAUGAGAACCGACGAAACGUGGUCAGCAUUGCUGGAGGCUUUUCACUACUUGAAGACCCAACAAGGUUUAAGACAGUCCACUGCCUACUAUAUCCUGAUACUGACUGGUGUCCAAAGCCUAAACCUCAUAGCAGAAAGUGA